CUCGGAUCAGUGCAGUGAAGAAAUCUGCACAUAAACAAGGGCAUUAGAUAAGGAACACAUGUGACAUUUUAAUAAACAUACAAUCAGAUCGACUAUGAUUGUAAUAUUCUAGGACUUGGUUUGUUUUGUGACAUUUCUUUAAAUCUUUUACUGCUUUUCCGGGUGCUAAAAGACUUUUUUGUAAGUACAUUGCUGCCAAGUCACCUGUCAGGUUAUGGCAAAUCAAGCUCACGUGUCAAAGGUUCGGUCUCUGUAUAAAAGGAUCCUUUUACUGCACCGCUUCAUGCCGAUAGAUCUGCGAGCUCUGGGUGAUCAGUAUGUAAAAGAUGAAUUCAGAAGACACAAGACUGCAACACACGAAGAAGCCAAACGCUUCAUGACAGAAUGGGAGGUCUACAAAGACACCUUGCAGACGCAGGUGCUGGAAGCGAUGGGAAACAAAAAGUUAACGUUUGGGCUGGAUUUAUCAAAAGAGAAACUCCAAGACUUUCAGGACGAGCAGAUCGGGCAGCUUUACGAGCUAAUGCUCGAGUCUAAAAAACCCAACCGGCAAUUUGACAUUCAAGAGGACGAUACGCCAAAGUAACACACGCCAUUAGAGAGAUGCUCUUCAUCCUCUUAAAGAGAUAUUUGGACAAGAAAGCACUGUUGUUUAUAACUAAGACUGCCGAGAAUGUGACUUAUAAUAAAAUACUCUGUGAACCCAA